AUAUUUUUUUAAAUGUAGUUUACGUGACUCGAAGAAUGAUUCGUGCGGCCUCGUGUUCUUUGCCGUUUUACAUGUAUUAACUUAAGACUGAAGUUCAGGACACCAACACUUUUGCAGUAUUAAUCAAGAGAUAGAUUUGGUCCAAGAUGUCGCUUUGGGCUAGGGCUCAGCAGCUUCCACAGGAGAGCUUGCAGAAGGUACGAGCUAUCUAUGGCGACCAUUUUCCUAUAGAGGUCCGCCACUGUCUGGCGCCGUGGAUCGAGAGUAAGAUAUGGACGGCGGAACCCGAAGAGCAGCAGCGUUUCUUCGUGGAGGAACUGGUGCAGGAAAUCAAGACGACGGCCGAGCUGAUGCUGUCCCCGGACAUGUUCGUCACCAAGAUGAAGCUGUUCGAGGCUGCCAAGGCGUUCCACGCGCAGUACAGUCACGCACCCCACGAGCUGUACGCGUACAUCCGGCGUUGCCUGGCCUUGGAGAUGGAGGUUAUCCAGAGCGCCACCCAAUAUGUGGCGCAGCCACACACUGAGAGGAAAUACAGCGAGCUGCUGACCGACCUGCAGACCGUCCGACAAAAGGUGACGAUGGUGAGCGAGGAAAUACGCUCACUACAAGCCCACAACGAAUCGUUCUCGCUUCAGUACCACGAGUGUCUUAAGAACAAAGGCCAUAUCCAGUACUUGCAGUCCUCUGGGCAGCUGACCAAUGAGCGACGAGAGUUGGAGGCUUGUCUUCGGAGCCAGAUCGAGGAGAUGGAGAGGAAACUCAAUGCUUUGGUGGCUCAAAUCAAGCAAGCUCAGAUGGAGCUGGUGGACCACAUAAAGGACAACAUCGCGACUCUACGCCAGCUGCAGAGCAUCGUGUUGGACGACGAACUUAUCAGAUGGAAACGCGAGCAGCAGCUGAGUGGCAACGGGCACCCCAUGCAGUCCAACCUGAACUCCAUCCAGGAGUGGUGUGAGAUGCUCGCCGACCUUAUCUGGACCACCCGCCAGCAGGUGAACAACGCGACCCGCAUCAACAGCAAGACCAUCAUACAGCUGCGACAGCCGCACCUCGAGGAGAUGCUGGAGGACAUGGGCAAACAGGUCACCAGCCUGCUGUCCACCCUCGUGACUUCAACCUUCGUGAUUGAGAAGCAGCCCCCGCAGGUGAUGAAGACCAACACACGUUUUACGGCGACGGUCCGGCUGCUUGUCGGGGGCCAACUCAACGUACACAUGACCCCUCCCAGAGUCACUGUGGUGAUAAUUUCGGAACAACAAGCCCAGCUGCUGCUAAAAAGCGAGUCUCCAGCGGGUCGAGGCAAGCAGCCCGUGGAGUGCGGCGAGAUCCUCAACAACAGCGGCUGCAUGGAGUACCAGCCCACCAGCCGGCAGCUCAGCGUCAGCUUCCGAAACAUGCAGCUGCGUAAAAUCAAACGGGCCGAAAAGAAAGGGACAGAGAGCGUCAUGGACGAGAAGCUGACUCUCCUGUUCCAAUCAGAGUUCAACGUCGGCGGCGGCGAGCUUGUGUUCCAGGUGUGGACGCUGUCCCUGCCCGUGGUCGUGAUCGUGCACGGGAACCAGGAGCCGCACGGCUGGGCCACGGUCACGUGGGACAACGCCUUCAGCCCCGCCGGCAGGGUGCCCUUCGCCGUGCCCGACAAGGUGACGUGGGGCCAACUGGCCGAAACUCUCCGAGUCAAGUUCUACUCAGCGACGGGCGGUGAUCUCUCCGAAGACAACCUCCGGUUCCUGGCUGAGAAGAUAUUCAGCAGAUCGAACGUGCCCCACAACCAAAUAGAGCUGAACAACCUGACCGUCUCCUGGAGCCAGUUCUGCAAGGACGCCCUCCCUGAGCGGAGCUUCACCUUCUGGGAGUGGUUCUACAUGGUCGUCAAGGUCACCAGAGACUAUCUGCGGACCCUGUGGGUCGACCGAUUGAUAAUGGGUUUCAUACAGAAGAAACAAGCGGAAGACAUGCUCUCUAAAUGCGCUCCGGGCACAUUCUUACUUCGCUUCAGCGAUUCCGAACUGGGCGGCAUCACUAUUGCUUGGGCCGGAGAUGGACGCGAAGUAUUCAGUCUCCAGCCAUUUACGUCACGCGAUCUAACACAACGACCUUUAGCCGACCGGCUCUCUGAUCUGACGCAGCUGCAGUACUUAUAUCCUAAUGUGGCUAAAGAUGAUGUAUUCUCAAAAUAUUACACGAAACACGAAAACGAAAUGCUAAAGAACGGCUACGUGAAACCAGUGCUAGUAACCACCCUGCCUCCAUACAUGUCGCCGUCACCAUACGCACACUCCCCGGACAGCCAGCGGAAUACCCCGAGCGUUCAGAGCAGCUACCUGAGCCCUACCACCCCCGCGCUGACGGAGAGCUCCUUCAUGGACAGCGACCUGUUCGAGCAAAUCCGAGCGUUCGAGCCCGACAGCAUGGACGACUUUAGCUUCUACCAGGGCAACAUGAGCAACAUGUCAAACAUGUCCAACAUGACCAACAUGUCUAACAUGCGGGAGUGAGAUGCCGGAUUAAGAAAAGAAUGUAAUUGUAAAUUUAGUUUCACGGUGAAAUGAAAUUUUCAGUCAAUUUUAGCUUAAAAUGUAACCAUUCAUAGUCUAUGUAGAUUCCGUGCCAUAGAGUUCAAACAUAUUUACAGAUUAUUAGUUUUAUUUGAAGCUUUUAUUAUAUUUAGAUUAAAUUAUGUAUACCUUUUAUAGAAUACGGAAGAUAAGUUCAUAUGCAAUAGUAGGCCAUUUUAUUUUUAAAUAGUAAAAGUGUAAAGUGUUGUGUAACACUAUAUAUACGUAUUUAGUUGGGAUAUGGGACUGUAGGAUUCCAAAAUAAGAUGUGUUUUAAUUUUUUUUUUGGUUUUUUUUUAACGGCCUAAAGUGCAAACUUAAAUGAUAAAUUUGACGUAUAUUACCAUGACUAAAACCUAUCGAGGUUUAAAAUGUUAUUCAUAAAAGAUUUUGUAGGCCCUGGGUGAAAACUUAAGAGAAUUCUGACCAAGUUUUUAUGACAUUUAAUUGCAUUUAGCCGGUAAAAUGAAAUUGUUACUUUUAUUUGAUAUAAAAACCAGUAUUGAGUGCCAUUUUUUAAUAUUCAUUGUUUACAAAAUACGAAAACAAUAUAUAGUUUAUAUUACUUACAUUUCUUCACUUCGCACAUUAAGUGUUUAAAAAUUAUAUACAGAAAAACACUGAAAAAUAAACUAUCACAUUGACAGUUCAACCACAUUAUUCUUGAAAACAGUGUAGGUAUAUAUACAUAUAUAAAAAUUAUAAAUUCUUAUGAUUUUCGAAUUUACAUUAUCCUAGUGCUUCAAGGCCUAUAAUCACUAUAUUUUUUGUUGAAGGUGUUACAAAGUAUGACAUUGUAAAAGUAAUAUUUUCGCAUUUUAAUAAAGAAAUGCUAUAGUAUAUAAGAUGAAAUUUUUUAAUCGUCUUUGGUAUUCCAAAAAGUACAGGCUGGCCCAAAAACGUUGUGAUUUUUUUUUAAUUUUCUGAUCUUUUUAACACAGUUUUGCGUUUGUGUAUCAAAGCCAAAGCAGAAUAUUUUGAAGGUAAUCUGUUUUCUUUUUCAGUUAUACGAUUGUAGUUUUAAUUUUUAAAUACAUUUUGUAAAAGACGUGUAAGAAAAAUAUAGAAAAAAAAAUGUCAAGGUAUUUUCGGGCCAUUCUCUAGAUAUAUUGUUCUAAUGUGACAGUCAGUUAAUGUCUAUAUCUAUUUUUUUAUCUAUACUGAAGCACACAUGAACAGCGGAGCGGCCCACAGGACCGCCCAAACAUGCGAGGCCGAAGGCCGAGCUGCGAGAGUGCAGUGCUCGCACGGAGGCCACUUCUUGCUAGCAAAAGUUAAACUAAUUCUUUUCUCCUCUUUGGAAAACAUACUGAUUUGAGUGAAUUAAUAUUUUGUAAAUUCUUCAGCAAAAGAUUAUGUGAUUUAGGCCUGCGAAAUGGAAAAUAGUAUGUAUAUUUAAAAAUAACAUUAUACAAAAUCUUAUGUAUGUUAAAUUAAAUUAAGCGCAACGUAAUUUAAAAUAUUAUGUGUAAUAUAGGAACGUGUUUAUUAUAAUUUAGAUAUAAAUGAGUGUUGCUUACUGCAUUUAUUUUAUCUGCAUACCUAGGUAUUAUAAUGGGGUUAAAAACUAAACGCGAGCUGCAACUGACGUACUAAAAAUCUUCCAGAAUUAAACAUAAUACUUUUUUCUGCCCUACGGGCGGAAAGAUUUAAAUUUGCUCCCUCUGCGCUAAACGAAGUUACCGUUUUCCGCCUCCGUCGAGCAGAAACAUAGUAUGCGCACCACGGGAGGAAUCGUAGGACAUUCCAUUCCGCGUGUUUUCCACCCUCGCCUUCGGCUUGGAUGACAAUUUUUCACGCGGCACGCAAUGUCCUACUUUUCCUCCCUUGGGACACUAAUAACUAUUGUGACACACACUUAUUGCUGGCUGUACUUCUUCUUCUGUGUAAUUUAAUAGUACUUCUCGAAACCUUUCUAAUGAUCCUAAACUUGCUUGCUACCUUCCGUCUGCAUCAGCAGAUCAGCUCCAUGCUAGCUUGUUAUUUCAUUGUCAUCGGUAUUAAGGAAGUACAGUCGCCAUCAGAUAUAUCGCAGCAGCCGAGGUGCUCAAAAAGUCUGAACGCGCACUUUCAUGCCCUGACAAUAAAUAAAAGCGUGUUGAGAUAUUUGUAAGCACCUUGACCGCUCCAAUUUAUCUGAGGGCGACUCUGUACUCCAUAUUUCAAAUGAUACGCAGUAAAGCUAAAUAAAAAUCUCAAAACAACGGCUAUGUCGACCCGCCUAUUCGCGAAUCAUUUGCGAAACGAUCGCGUGCAGCUCGUAGUUUUAUUUCGAAUGGGUCUUAUUUAACCCCAACACAAAUAAAAAAUCCGGCAUUCGCAGCGUCCGGACAAUUUUGACUCCAUUUUAAGGGGCCCACUGAUUACCAGUUCGCCGGACGAUAUCGGCCUGUCAGUUAUUCCCGAUUGUCAGCUUUUGCGAACUGACAGGCCGAUAUCGUCCGGCGAACUGGUAAUCAGUGGCUCUCUUUAGAAUUGAAGUAAUCUAUUAAAGUAACAUGAGCUUUAGUGCACUCACGGAAUUCGUCCCUUGUCAUUUGUGGUGUGUAUUUAGCAGUUAGACCAGGAAAUUUAAAAGCAAAUUAUUAAAUAUUAUAUUCUUAAUAUAGACUUGUUGCUAUGAAAUAACAAUGUAAAUUGAGUAACCUGGUCCAAUAUAUUUUUGGACCUCUACUUGUAUUAAUGAAUUCAUGUUUUAUCGAAUCAAUUUAAGGACAUUGUUGUAUAGGAACGAAAAUAAAUUUACAAAACGCAAGGACCACGAAUAUAAAUAUGUCAAAUUAUACUGUGACAAUUAGCGGUUUUUUGUGAAUUUGUGAUAGAACUUUACUUUCAAGAAAUGAUAUUUAUAAUGAUGAAAAUGUCAAGCGAAGAUAUACAAUUGUCAAAAUUAACGUUUUAUUUAACAAAUAUCCGAUUUGUGAUACUUGUGGCCUUACUUAACUUUGUUUUAUGAAAUAAAAAUAAAUGUUGCUUAUGAAUGUUGUGUUAGUGUUUUGUUUUUUAAUGGUUUUAAUACGUCUUGACAAGAAUAUGUAAAACAUCUGUAAUAUACAUAAUAAAGUAUAUUAUGAUUUAGAAUUCUGUGUUGCAAUGUCAUUAGAAUUACAAAAAUAUAUAUCUACUUUUCUGGUAGUUUUCCUUAAUAAAUAGAGGACAACAGAGGUUUACACCUAUUUACCUGUACUGUGUAAAUAGUAAUAUAAACACUCCCAUUUAUACCGCCCAUUUUUAAAGAUAUAUAUGUAUAUUAUAUACCUAUAGUAAUUUUUCCCGAUGCAUAAUUAGAAAUAUUUUACCGAAUUCUCGUGUAAUAAAAUAUAAGAUUUGUCAAUGUAACAUACGGUUGUUAUGCGUGAUGUGGCAAAUAUUUGCCUGUUUAUAUGGCUUGGAAAACCUGUUAAAACUAUGGUUAUUCUGUAACAACUGGUCUGAUUUUAGCCGACCGAGACAUACUCAUCAAAAUUUUUAAUAAUUUCACUUUCACCAAAUGGUCACAACUAAAUGGUGGUAAAAAUAUAAAUAGAAAAUAAUUACUUAAAAUUGGCGACAAAAUAAAUUUACUACUUAUGAUAACAUUUCAAUUGUUUCUUGUAAUCAUUGUAAAACUGGACCAAGUAAAUGUGGGAAAAAACAGGGGCUGGCUGUGACUUAUUCUACCAAUGUGAAGUAUGGCAUUAAGAUAACGAAAUAGUUUGUUUAGAUUGCACAACGAGCACUGAACGAGGCCUAGAUGUAGAAAUUGCAGAGUCAUUUUACAUAUAUCGAAGGACGGGCCUUACGGGCAAUAAGAAUGGGGCGACUGAACUAGCACCAUUCUUAGUGUCCGUAAUGCCCGUCCUUAGAUAUAUGUCAAUGCAUUUUACUUGAUUAUUUAGUCUAGACAAUGUGAACCUUGUUGUAAAGUACAAAGGUUGAUAUUGUGCUGUAGCCACGCGCGUCAGGCGACGUCCUUGGCGCUCAAAGGUUUAAAAACAUAAAUAACUACGGGCAAAAGUUAUUGAUAUUUCGACACUGGUACAAGCAACAUGAUCAACUGCUGCGUGACCUUUUCUUCAAUAGGCGAGGCCGAGGCACGUCUACACUGGCCAUUUUGUGCGCGAGGAAAAUGCCUCUAUGUGGACCCGCUUAAUAGCCCACUACACGAAUGUCUUCACGAUUCGUGAUAAGAUUAUUAAUAUGUAUUUCUAUUUCUCUAUUGUAUAGUUUAUAGUAUACUGUUACUAAAGCGUAGGUAAGAAAUCGAUGUGCUAUUUUGAUGUAAAUUAUAUAAGGUAAGUCAGGGAUGUCAUACACAGAUAAAGUAUUCACUUUACUGCUCCCGAGUGUUAAGAAUAUUUAUAUGGUGAUACAAAUUUGCUAGCACACAAUUUUGAUAGCUACAACUGGAAAUUACGUCGGGAUCGGGACCGGUUAUACUUGAUGUAAAUCAUAACCAGAAAAGAUCUAUACUGGAUUAUACUUAAAAUGGGGUGACUUUAGUAAAUUUUGGGUGAACUUGGAUGAUUUUAAAACGACCAUUAAACUUCAAAAAAAUUCAAGCCCUAAGCAGUUAUGUAUCAAAUCCAUUCAUUAUUUGUUCGUGAAACAAGUUAGAUUACCUACUACCAGAAAUCCCACAUAAAAAUAUAGGGUCUCUAUUGUUUUCCAUAAUAUAUUGUUUGUCCGCAUUUUCGUUAGUCUUCAUUUGGUUUUUCUCAGAAACGCGUAACUUUUCAGGAUUGCCAUAAAACAAACCUAACCUAUCUAUAGAAAACGAAAAUCUAACGAAAAUCCUGAAAAGUUAACGGUUUCAGAGUUAUGACUAAUGAUACUGAUUUAAACUUCCACGAUUUUUACACAUUAUUAACUAACACAAACGGGACUUAAUCGCGUAUUAAGUUUAAAAUUUACCUCCGACGUUUCGAGGACGGCGUUGUCCCCGUGGUCUCGGAGAACACUGGCUAAAGUUGACAUCAACAUCUUCUAGCCGCGCGAGUCGGAGGUCAAUUUAAAACUUAAUACGCGAUUAAGUCCCGUUUGUGUUAGUUAAUAAUGACUAAUGAUAAUCUGACUAUCAUUACAUCAUGACUUUCAAUAAUUAUGCCAAACAAAUGGAUCCGAAAAAUAUAUUGUGGCUAAAAACUCAAAGUUUAAAGUCGCCCCUGUAUUUCAAAGUCACCCCAAUUACCAAGUAACCUUAGUCGGUCAGCCUGUCAGGCAACGGUUACAAACGACGAGAAACCUUAACAUGCGGGUCAAAAUUAUAUACGUUGUCAUGUUUUUUGUCCGCAAAAAAUGUGACGAAGUGGAGCUUUUUGUAUUAGAUGAAAUUUAGUUUUAAUUUUUUUUCAUAUUAAAUAUAAUCUACAGCUUGAUUUAUCAAGAAAAAUUUAGGGUCAAAAUUUAGGUUUAUUUUCCUUGUCUCGUUUCUGACCACUCUGUCACGCUUGUAUUUUUGUUUCCUAUCAGAUAAAAAAAACAAUGCUAUUGUAUGUCUUUCUAGCUGUACAUUAUAUUUAUUAUAAAAAAAAAACUAAAUUUCAUCUCGUACAAAAAGCUCCACGCCGUCACACACAAAGAUAGCUCUUAAUCUUUGGUUUAACCCCUCAUUUCCACUGACGCGAUUUUGGGCGAGAAAUGAGUCCAAAUUAAAUUCUAUAGUUAAGACUUCAAGGUCGUUUAUUCACUGGCAAAUUUAACUUGGGAGUUGAAGGGUUAAUUGAAACUGUAUUAUCUGCUGCUAAACCUAGCCUAGAUUUAGUCGGACUGUUCAGAUAGGCUAGUCCUAGAUAUUGCAACAAUUGAUUGGAUACAUAAUGUUAAGCGCUUUACCAAGUUACAUGUACGUGUAUAGAUAUAUAAUUGCAAUAUAUAUUAUCACUGUU